UUUAUCAAUUAGGGGCCAGCGGCGGCUGUGUCCUUGUGUCACGCAACUGACUUUAGAAGGUCCCAGAACAGCACACGGAAGGCUGCGAUCUUCCAUCCGCCUUCUGGAAAGGGAAGGCGCCGCUUUGCUUGGUCGCUGGCGGCGGCAGGAGCACCUCAGCGUCUUCUACGACCACCCCCCUGUGACUGAGAGCAGCUCUUGUGGAAUUUGGCUUCAUCGAGUAACCUUGAGCUCGGGAUGACAUCCAGCUUAUAGUUCCUGGCUGCAGGAAUUUUGUUCAAGUUUCAGUAUAUGGAAAAACUUCCUGUGAUCCAACUGGAGUAUAUCCACACAUCUCAGUAUAAUACCAGGACCAAAGUACACUGUAUCAGUCAGCCACCCAGACAUACACUUAAUGACUUCUAAAGUCUCAUGGACUCUUAAAUUUUAUGUUUGUCCAGGAAAUACCAUGGCUUGUACUGCUGCUUUGAUUCCCAGGUUGUUGCAAGGCUUUGUCAGAGCCAUCUGCACUCAGGCUGCUUUGUGGAGGUUGACAUCUGUGCGCCACCUUAGUCUUACCAGCAUAAUGAAAUCCGAAAGGAAAACUGAUCACUUGGAGAGAACUGCAAGUGUCGUUCGGCGGGAGGUUGUGGCAGCAGCUAAGGUGUGUGGAGUUGCCGACGAGUCGCCAUCAGUGAAGAGUCUCCGCUUGCUUGUUGCUGAUAAAGAUUUUUCCUUUAAAGCUGGCCAGUGGAUUGAUUUCUUUAUCCCAGGAGUCUCUGUGGUUGGUGGCUUUUCCAUAUGCUCCAGUCCCAGACUGCUAGAACAAGACAGAAUGAUAGAAUUGGCAGUGAAAUAUGCAAACCACCCCCCUGCUCUCUGGAUUCACAAUAAGUGUACACUUGACUCUGAAGUGGCCGUGAGAGUGGGUGGAGAGUUCUUCUUUGACCCUCAGCCUGCAGAUGCCCCUAGAAACCUCGUGUUGAUUGCAGGAGGAGUUGGAAUUAACCCUCUGCUUUCCAUACUGCGGCACUCAGCAGAUCUCCACCGAGAGCGGGCAAACAAAGGAAGUGGAUAUGAGAUUGGAACAAUAAAAUUGUUCUACAGUGCGAAGAACACUAGUGAACUCCUGUUUAAGAAAAAUAUCCUGGAUUUAGUAAAUGAGUUUCCUGAGAAGAUUGCAUGCAGUUUGCAUGUUACCAAACAGACUACACAAAUCAGUACAGAACUUAAGCCAUACAUCACGGAAGGAAGAAUAAUGGAGAAGGAGAUAAGAGAUCACAUUUCAAAAGACACUUUGUUCUAUAUUUGUGGCCCACCUCCAAUGACAGACUUUUUCUCCAAGCAACUGGAAAACAACCAUGUUCCCAAUGAACACAUUUGCUUUGAGAAGUGGUGGUAGAUAGCAGGCAAAGUCACAAAAGAAGAAGAUGUGAGAUCCAUUUGGGAGAGUAAAAGAUCAUAUUUAAUACCAUUUGUGGCACAAUGGAUUUACCUUGACUCGAGCCGUCUUAAUUUUAAGGCUGUGAACUAGUUGACCAGUUGACAAAAAAAAAAAAAAC